UGGAAUUGUACCGUACCUUGCUUGCGGUUGUGGUCAUUUGUAGCGUAUCGCUAUCCGUCGUCAAUAACUAUACGAUACGAUCCCGGGGCGUGUUCUGCGUAACAGAGAACUGAAAGAAACUGACCGGCUUAUUUCACUUUCAUCACUUAAACGAGUAAAGUUAACUCUUUGUGGGUAAAAAACUGAAAUGCGAGCUCUGUUACGACCCGUCACACCCCUGUGAGAGAUCGUGAUUCGUGUUCGUUGCGUGUCUCUGUUUCAAGGGUUGUGCUAUUCCCGCGGCUGUUUAGCAGUGUUUACUAUAGAGUGACUGAGCUGAUGUUGUGCAGUGUAAGUUCUGUGUAAGAUCGCGCGUUAUUCAUUGAUGGGCGGCUUUUUGCACGCGGCGAAGGCGGCAGAUCGGCCGCAACGGCGGAUACCAGCUUUCCGGAGGGUCUACUUUAAAAUCCGCCACACUGGAACUGAUGGAAUUAGAAAAUAUCGUAGCCAACACUGUCUACUUGAAAGCCAGAGAGGGCGGUUCCGAUAGCAACAAGGGCAAAAGCAAGAAAUGGCGGAAGAUCCUACAGUUCCCUCACAUAUCGCAAUGUUUAGAUAUAAAAACAAAAAUAGAUGUAGAAUACGAUUACGUGGUGGACCAGCAGCCGAUCGGAAAGCUGCUCUUCCGACAGUUCUGCGAACGGAACCGACCCAACUACCACAAGUACAACAGCUUCUUAGAUGCGAUCUGCGCAUCGUGGUCUUCAAGCCAGAAUAACAAGAAAAGCUUACGUACGGAAAGAUACGAGGUGGAGGUGGAUGAGACGCGGAUGGCGCUCGCCGUCGAGCUGUUCGGACGGUACCUGAAGACGGAAGAUGGGGAAGCGGUCACGGACGUCGUCCCUCCUGACGUCAUCGAUGACGCGAGCAAGUUACUUGAAGGCGGCUCGAAGGACAUCUUCACGGAGUGCAUACGAUGCGUCAAGAGCUUCCUCGCCGGCAGUCCGUUCUCUGAGUUCGAGAGGUCGAUGUACUUCCACCGCUACUUGCAAUGGAAGUGGCUGGAGGCGCAGCCGGUCACUCAGCACACGUUUAGGAUGUACCGCGUUUUGGGGAAGGGAGGAUUCGGAGAAGUGUGCGCGUGUCAGGUUCGCGCGACGGGUAAGAUGUACGCGUGCAAAAAGUUAGAAAAGAAGCGAAUAAAGAAGAGGAAAGGCGAGAACAUGGUGAUCACGGAGAAACUAAUACUGCAGCGGAUCAAUUCUCGCUUCGUCGUCAACUUGGCGUACGCGUACGAGACGAAGGACGCGCUGUGUCUCGUACUCACCAUCAUGAACGGCGGCGACCUGAAGUUCCACAUCUACAACAUGUGCGGCGCCGACACCGGGCUCGGCCUCGAGCGAGCGCGCUUCUACGCCGCGCAGGUCGCCUGCGGGCUCGAGCACCUGCACAAGAUGGGCAUCGUGUACAGGGAUUGCAAGCCGGAAAACAUCCUGCUGGACGACGCGGGCCACGUGCGCAUCUCGGACCUGGGGCUGGCCGUGGACGUGCCCGACGGAGGCAGCGUGCGCGGCCGCGUGGGCACCGUGGGCUACAUGGCGCCCGAGGUGAUCGACAACGAGCGGUACACGUUCAGCCCCGACUGGUUCUCGUUCGGCUGCCUCGUGUACGAGAUGAUCGAGGGCCGGGCGCCGUUCCGCGCGCGCAAGGAGAAGGUGAAGCGCGAGGAGGUGGACCGGCGCGUGAAGCACGAGGCGGAGAAGUACUCGCACAAGUUCAGCGAGUGCGCGCGCGCGCUGUGCGGCGCGCUGCUGGCCAAGAGCGCGGGCGCGCGGCUGGGCGGCGCGGGCCGGCGCGGCGCCGCGCUCGUCAAGCAGCACCGCUUCUUCGCGCGCCUCAACUGGGCGCGCCUCGAGGCCGGCAUGGUGGCCGCGCCCUUCGUGCCCGACCCGCACGCCGUGUACGCCAAGGACGUGCUCGACAUCGAGCAGUUCUCCACCGUCAAGGGCGUCAACCUGGACGCGGCCGACGACACCUUCUACGGGAAGUUCAACACCGGCUCCGUCAGCAUUCCCUGGCAGCGGGAGAUGAUCGAGACGGGCUGCUUCACCGAGCUCAACGUCUUCGCAUCGGACGAGGAGGGCAAGGAGAGUCGCACGGCGGACCUGCAGCUGUCGCCGCCAAGCGCGCCCGCCGACACCAACACGGGCUGCUUCGUCUUCGCGAGACGGACGCUGUGCCCGCAGAAGAAGGUCCCAGCGCGCCUGCGGCCCGUGUGCGUGCCGGCGCACCUGCUGGCGCCCGCGUCGCCCGCGCCCGCCAGCUGACCGCCCGACGACGCGCUCGCGGCGCCGCCCGGCCUGUGACGUCGCCCGCCCUGUGACGUCAGCCCGCCUGCGACGUCACCCCGCCUGACGUCGCACCGCCUGUGACGUCACCCCGCCUCCGACGCCGCGCUUUCGUUUCCGUACAUUCGUAUCGUUUCACGUCGUCGAGGGUCAUGCGAUGCACCACUCGAGAUCAGUGAUGCCAACUCCUACAUAAUCUUCCCCUCAGGACCAACUUCAAAUUUCCCUAGGUGUCGAUUGAAAACGCCUAAAGUUUUUUGUUGUUGUUUGAGAGCUCAUUUCAAAUAUAUUCAAGUAGUAUAAAAUAGUUGUUGUAUUUAUAUGGGUGUCUAUUUGACAUUUGCAAAAAAUAUUUUAUGUCUAAUAAUGAAAUUAAAUAAUUUUUACUUUUCCAAUAAGAUGUACAAGAUUCCCCCUUAAUUUAGGGGAAAAACCUCCAAGCUGGUAUCACUGCUCGAGCUGUCUAUCGGACGAAGGUUUAAAUCAACUCGAUACAGCGCUUCGAUUGAAUGACUGAAUACAUUCUAUUCUCACUGAACAAUCUGAAACUUUGAGACAAUUUUUCAGACGUACAUUAAAAUCCGACGUUUCUUUAACGAUUAUUUGGUCGCAGCGCUGUAAUCGGACAAAACAUUCAUGAACAAGUUAGUUUAGGAACAAUUUUUUAUAUACGUAUUAUAAAUGUAAUCACGCAGAAUUGAAUAGUUUUAAUCGAACACCGACUCUAUACUUUAUUUAAGUCCAUUUUGUAUAUUGACAGGUUAUUUUGACGAUUUGUUUUCGGUCGACUGAUGUUUUCUUUUUAUACGUAUUAUUUACAACGCUCAAACGCGAGUAUUAAGCGAACAAAAACCUUAUUUGUAUUGUAAUAAAGUUUAUUAUUACUUGAAAACCCCGAUGGAAGCUGUUUUGUCGUAUGUUAAAAUUUUGCUAAUUAAAAAAAACUAAGGCGUAAAUCUUAUUUGCGUAUAAUUUGUUGAAGUUUCCUUGACGUUAAUUAUUUUUCGAGAUACGUUAAUACAUAUCUUUAUGAAUAUAUAAUAUACCUCAUUAUGUGUAAUCGUUUGUGUGUUUAAGCUUAAAUCGGGGUGUUAUUUAUUUAAUGGAAAACGAGUUGAUAUUAUUUAUUAAUUGAUUACGUUUAAUUGUAAAUUUUUAAGAGCCGUAUAUUUGAUAUAAUGCUUAUUCGUGUUUAAUAUUAUAUGUGUUCGUAUGUUUGUUACGGUUAUGUGAGGUCGUUUCGGUGUGUCUGAUGAUGUCGUGGUCGAAAUUUUGAAAGAUUCUCUUCGAAGAAUACGUAAAGAUAUUUUUAAUGGAACUAGGAAGUGGUCGACGUGUCGCUUUUCGGAUAGGACGGCGUAGCCAGCUGAGAAUCAUGCAAGUAUUGUCAUUAUUGAUAACUGAUAGCGAAUGAAAUAAAGGUACAUGUUUAGAUAAAUAGAUUUGAGAAAUAGCUGGUCUAGAGGUGCCGUGGGCGUUGGAAUUGCACAAAGAAGCCCAUUUAUUUUCAAUGCAAUAAAUUAUUUUUUUACUUUUUGAUGAUAAUGUAAUAGAAUUAAAAUGCCACUACGAUGAAGAACUUAUUGAAUGUUAAAUCGAGCAAUAAUUAUGGAAAUGAUACUAUUUAGAAGUCGAAGUCAUAAAUCGAUGUUUUUUCUAUAAUGUGUAAUAUUUUUAAUAAUCAGUGGAUGUAACCUCUUGCGUAUUCGAUAAGAUUUUUAAUAUUUCAUUAUUGACGUACGCUUUUCUUUAAAUACGUUGAAAAUUUGUAUUAAAAAAAAAAAACUUUAAAAUUGCUUCUAAAUAUUUUGAUUAUAUUUUUUAAAUUUAAACUAUUAUUGUAUAAGGAAAAGGAUGAAAUGUGUGUCAAACGAUGAAUUGAAUUGGAAAUCUUUGCUUACUUUGAUUUAUACGAAUACCCGUUGAGAAAUAUUGUAGAGAAUGUUAUGUUUAGUUUUCGUAGAACUCCGUCAUGACAUUUGGUUUAAAAUAUCGUCAUAUUUAUCGAAUUGUAUUGAUUACUGUGUAGACCAGGGUUUCCCAACCAGAGGACAUAGAGGUAAAUCAAUCAACCUACGCUUUACAUAUUUUUUGUUUGGGCCAUAACAUCUUAGCUCCCAAGUUUGGUGGCGCAUUAAUGGUGGUUACUUACCAUCGGGUUGCCAUUUUCCAGUAUGUUGACUUAUAUAAAAAAGUAAUAAAAAAUGUAUUAUGCUUGCUAAUUUAGUAAUUACAAAAAAAUUAACAUAAAUACAAUUUAUUUUUAUAGCGUUUGGGAGUCGUGGUCUAGAAAAUGUUGGCAAACCCUGGUUUAAACUUCGAAGGCUCUAAUUAUAGAUCGUGUUUAACGUUCUUUCAUACCUUUAUUGAAUAUUAUUAAACAAUGCACAAAUUAAUUCGGAUAUAUUUUGACGCCAUAUUGUACAUUGCCAGUAAAACUUCCAUAUUGUAUUAGACGUAAGUAUUAAUGCAUUUUGAUGUGUACGUUUUAUUGUAUUUUUCGAUUUUAAUAAUGCCUAUUCGAUGAUGUCUCGGCGUUACGAUGUUACUAAUACGCGUAAGUAAUUAUAAGUCGGAAGCCGUCUCGUGGAAAAGAUUGGAUCGUCGUGAAUGUUCUAGAAGAAUAGUUUUGUUUUUUUUUUUUUAAUACGUGUCAAUUUGCUCACAUGUAGUGCAAUAGCGCAGCACGUUCGCUCACGGGUUGGCACUGCGAGGGUCUGCGGUCGCAAUCUUUUUCGCGGCGGCCACAUUUGUUACAAACGAGUACUGUCGCACGAUAUUUGUUUCUGCGUCGCUUCCGUCGCCGUAGCUCUUCGCCGACUGCUCGUUCAUUCCAAAAGUUCAGAUCGCCAUAGAAUAGUAUUUUUUUAAUGUAGCAAUAUGUAUAAGAGCGUCCGGUAGUGCGGUGAACGGGGGGGUGCUAAGGCGAUAGAGUUCCUAAAGACUGCAAUGGAAUGUCGAUCCACGUACACGUACUGCGUACAUUGUUGUCGAGCGCGUGGCUCCGCCGCACGGUCGCGCGCGAAGAGCUGAAUUUGUUAGCAUUUACAAUACACUCGUCACCAUUUUUUAUUAUGGACUUACUGUAUUAUUUAUGAGUGUGAAGCGUGUAACGGAACGACUUUUAAUACUUUUUUGCCGUACAAGUCACGAAUAAAGGUAAGGUUACACUAGACUGGACACUUUUUUAAAAAUAUUAUUCAACCGCGCUGAACGCGUUUCGUUACACUCUUCGAGAUUUUUUCAAGCCUGUAUCAUACUCAUGGAUGCAUUUUCGACUAAAUGUAUUGAGAUAUUAAUUUGUAUUUAUAUCGGUAAAAAGGUAUUUUCCGGCGAGUCACGUGACAUUUAUAUAUCAAAUGCGAGCGAUUUUGAACGUUGUUUCGAUGGAAUAAGGUCGAUUUUGAUGUUCAUUUGAACACGUGACGGGUUGUACCUUGCGUCUUAGUGGAAUGUAAACUUAGCUUUCUUAAUACUGUUAGUCGUUAUUGCAGUAUUUUGAUGCAAAUAUUAUUAUUUAAUAAGCGUAUUCAUAAAUAAAUUGACUCCGAUAUAGAA